CGAUCUCUAUCUCUUUUAACCCUGCAGAAUCAGAUAAACUCUUUCUUUUCAAUCUUUAGCGUCUCAUCUUAAGCGGAAGAAACACAAAGAGAAGCUUGUAGCGAAAAUGGUUCGAACAUUAACACGUCGGUACAGCAUUCAGAGCUCGAGAUCUUUCCACAUUGGGAAAAUGCUUGAGAAUUCAAGAAGACAGCAGCAGAAUCUGAUCGCAGAUGGUGGUGAUGAUGAUGAGGAGAAUGUUGAUGAUAGCCUGCAAUCAAGGAGUAUCGACACGAGAAAUGCAGAAGACCAAUCGAUGGAGCACCAAAAUAUAGGAGAGUCUAGGCCAGGAAAUCCCCAGGAGAGGCCACAAUCAGAUAUGGAACUGAUGAAGGAAAGGUUUGCCAAGUUGCUUUUGGGUGAAGAUAUGUCAGGAGGUGGAAAAGGUGUUUCUUCAGCUUUGGCUUUGUCAAAUGCCGUGACAAACCUAGCAGCAUCCAUUUUUGGAGAACAAGGGAAAUUAGAACCUAUGGCUCCGGAAAGGAAAGCAAGGUGGAGAAAAGAAAUUGAUUGGCUUUUAUCUGUAACUGAUCACAUUGUUGAAUUUGUCCCUUCAGAACAGAAAUCGAAGGAUGGAACAAGCAUGGAGAUUAUGGUCACUAAACAAAGGGGCGAUCUGCUGGUGAAUAUACCUGGUCUGCGAAAACUGGAUACAUUGCUUAUUGAGACCCUUGACAACUUUGCACAAGAAAAAGAAUUUUGGUAUGUGUCCAAAAAUGAUGAUCCAGAAAAUGAAAACAGCCAGAGGGAUGACAAAUGGUGGCAUCCAAUUGUUAAAGUUCCUGCAAAUGGGCUAUCAGAGACAUCACGAAGAUGGCUGCUGUCUCAAAAGGAGUCUGUCAACCAGGUAUUAAAAGCAGCUAUGACCAUCAAUGCAAAUGUCCUAUCUGAAAUGGAGGUCCCUGAAAGCUACAUCGAUUCCCUCCCCAAGAAUGGAAGAGCAAGCCUUGGUGAUUCAAUCUAUAAAAGCAUCACAGUGGAGUACUUUGAUCCUGGGCAAUUCCUGUCAACCAUGGACUUGUCAACAGAACACAAAGUGCUUGACCUUAAGAACAGGAUUGAGGCCUCUAUUGUUAUAUGGAAGAGGAAGAUGAACCAGAAAGAUGGAAGGUCCUCUUGGGGCUCCGGUGUCAGCUUGGAAAAGAGGGAACUCUUUGAAGAGAGGGCAGAGACUAUCCUACUCUUACUCAAGCAGCACUUUCCGGGGCUUCCACAGUCUGCGCUUGAUAUAUCAAAGAUCCAAUACAACAGGGAUGUAGGACAAGCUAUUCUGGAGAGCUAUUCAAGGAUACUAGAGAGCUUGGCUCAUACAGUCAUGUCAAGAAUUGAGGAUGUCCUUUACGCCGACUCGCUUACUCAAACAUCAUCACCAGCAAGAUCCGACAUGUCCUCGAACACAGAUGAAGAUGCGGCGAGGUUGAGUACCUCAGAGACACCAACACUAUCAGAUUUUAUGGGCUGGGAUGUUGGUUCCGCAAGGUGUAACACAAGUGAUCAAGAAACCCACUUGAAAAGUGAUUAUGAGAAAAAAACAUCCAAGCCUCCAUUUAGUCGCACUCCAAGAAAAGCUUCCUAUCUAGAUAAGCUUGAAAACUUGAAUGGCCUAAGAAGUCCGGAUGCUCGUGAUUUAUAAUCGGAAUGUUAGAAGAAAGGAAACAAGAGGACGUAGAAGAAGAGGGAAAGAAAAGGAACGAGGUGGGGAAAGAUACAGAGGAAUACGGAUAGUUAGAGACCUUACCUCAUGUAUAUAUAUUCAGCUCCAUGUAAAAUUCCAUUGGGACAGUAACUUUCUAGAACUUACAUUGUUCUUCCUCCA